AAUGUGACUCCUAUCACACAAGUGAAUUUGGUCAGUCAAUGGUCCAUUAUAUUUGUUUGCUGUGUAAAGUGUGAAGUCUUCUGGCCUUUGCAGUCGUUGUUAAUUUUGACAAAUAGACGACUGGAUAGGAUUUGCAUUUAGGAUAGGAUUUUACUGAUUGACAUCCAGUGACUUACAGUGGAAAAAUACGUUAUUCAAGUAGAGUUAGUCUAUAAGCGAGAGCUUGCUAUAUUAUUGCAUGAACCAGGACGAUUGCCGUCUUUCUUACAGCUGGAUUUAUCUACAAUGGAUUAUGGCUACUCACGUAAAGCGGAAAUUGAAAGAAAACUAGCAGAGGAACAAGGGAAGCUUGCAGCGCUGAAAGAAAGUUUGGCAACUGCAGAUGCACUGACUCAUAAUAUGGUUAACAUCCUCAGCCAUUUUGAUGAGAGAUUACAUAAGCUUGAAGAAACUAUUAUACCAGUUCAUAGAGAAACAAAAGAUCUUCAACGUUUACAAGACAACAUUGACAAAACUAUAAUUUCUUUUGAUGAUGUGAUAAGUUAUCAUCAUGUUGCUAAGGAUAUUGGACCUGUCCUCCAUCAAGGACCAAGUCGACAAGUUGACCGUUAUAUAGAAUGUAUGGAGAGACUGUUGAAUGCCGUUAAUUUCUUCAAGGAAAAUAAUCCAGAUAGUCCGGAACUCAACACUGUGAAACAAUUAUUUGAUGUUGGUAAAGACAAACUGGAGAGUGAGUUUCAGGGUCAAUUAAGUAGGCAUUCCAAACCUACACAACCAGACCAAUUAUUGAGGUUGAAAGAUGAUUCUGGCGUAAAAGAGGAAGGCCAGCUUACUAUGAUUGUUCCACCUGAUUCUACACCAGGAAUAAUCCCUCUCCCACCAAAAGCAGUGAGUGAUUUGUCAAAGAUGGCUAAAUGGUUAUCAAAUCAAGAAAAAACAUCAGAUUAUGCAACCAAUUAUGCUACUAUCAGAUCAAGCAACUUGCAGAAAACGAUCAUUGCAUUAAAAGAAUACAUCAGAGAUAGAGCAUCCAGUGGAUCACGAAAGUCUAGCAAUGUAAGAGAUACACCGAAGAAAAGUGCAAGUCGAAGAGCAAGUGUUUUCUCGAAAAAAGCAAGUACCCUGCUAAGAAAAGAAUCCCUACAGUCAAUUAGUAAUUUGGGAGGUUUGAAAAGUGCAUACCCAACCAUUGCAGAAGAAGAUACUGUUGAAAUUGAGAUUGAUCCAUUUCUAGAAGCUGUUACUCUGGCAGAAAAAUUAUUUAUUAUUGAGUAUCGUCUGAUGAACAGUAUAUUACCUGAUGCUAUCAACAAGGGAAAAAUCUUUGACUCAAUCAUACGUGACAGUUUGGUUAUGCUUGAACAGGAUGGAAUGAAAUUUGCGACUUAUGCAAAGCAGUGUAUCGCUAGGCAUGAUCAUCCAUCCGUUGUCAAUAUAUUUCCUGCUGUAAAACAUUUGAAAAAUAAACUUGCUCUGUAUCUGGAUUUGUUAAAGAAUUCUGCUGAAGAAAAUAAAGUCAAGAUUCCAAAGCUCAUCAGUGAGCUUGACGCUACUGCUGUCAAAGUGCUGGAUGAUUUCACCGAUUCCGUCAAGAGUGAUCCCGAAAAAGAAUCUAAUAUGCCUAAGGAUGGGACUGUACAUGAACUUACAAGCAAUGCUAUGAAAUUUAUGCAACAGCUUGCGCAGAAUCUCGAUGUUGCAGGUGGAAUUUUAGCAUCACAGCACCAUGGAACACAACAAUUGGGAAGCAAAAGUGUUAUAUGCUUGGCUCAGUACACAAGUCAUGUGUUGGGUGCAUUGAAGUUAAACUUGCAGAAUAAAUCAAGAGUCUAUGUGGAUCAAUCAUUAGCUGCAAUAUUUCUCCUCAACAAUUAUAACUUUAUACUUUCUGCACUAAACCGAUAUGGACUGCUCGACUUGGUUAAGAAAUCAAUUCCUGAUGUGGAGAACAUUUAUAAGAAUGUUAUUACUGAACAGAAGACAAAAUAUUUGCAUUGUUGGGACAAUUUCCCUGUUUAUUUAUCUGACGAAAACAAACAAGGACUGUCAUUACAUGCUGAACCAGGACAGAAGUUGAAAGAAAAGGAGAAACAGGUUGUGAAAGAUAAGCUAAAGUCAUUCAAUAAUGAACUUGAUGAUUUGGUCAAACUUCAUCGAACAUGGGCUGUUCCAGAUACAGACAUCAAAACUGAAAUUCGAGAAGCAUUAAGAAAGAAAAUCCUUCCCCCAUAUACUGCCUUCAGAGACAAGUACAGAAUGGUUCAAUUUACAAAGAAUAUUGAGAAGUAUUUGAAACAUACACCAGAAACUGUUGGAGAACAUAUCAAUACAUUGUUUGAUCAAUCAACAUCAUGAUUAACAGAAAUAUUUGGCACAUACAUUACAACAAAAAUGAUUCUUCAUGAUUAAAUAUAUAAAUGAAAAAAGCAAGCAGUGGUGGGAUGUCUAUAAUUGCAGUGACAGUAAUCAAAAUAAUCAAAUCAAAGUAACCAAGUUCAAUAAUAUUUUAUCCAGGUCCAAUUCUGCAAUUUUAAUAAUCAUUGAUUGCUCAUGUUGCUAGAUAUCCACCAUCCACAGGAAUGCAAGUUGCAUUGAUCAUUGCUGCUUUGUCGCUUAAUAAAUAUAGAAUCACAUUGGUAACGUCUUCAACCUCUGCAAGACAAAAAUUAU